AUGGCGGAUGAUCUAUCUACGUUAUGGAGAAAUUUUUCGCUUUCGGAGGAGGAAAGUUUGGAGGUGGAGGCGACUGUUCUGGUGAUGAAUGUUUUUGCUAUGCGUGGAAGAUCUUGUCUGGUCGGAAAGUCGAUUGUAGACCAGAUCAUCGGCAAAGAUGCCAUUAAGUCCACUCUGAUUAGGGGAUGGAAACCAACGGGGACGGCCACUUUCAAAAUCUUGGGCGAAAAUCUAUUCCUAGUGGAAUUCAAACAUGUGUGGGAUAAGGCACGAGUGUUAGAGGGCCGGCCAUGGGUCUUCAAAGGAAACCUGUUUUCUGUAGAGGACUUCAACGGCUCCACACCACCCUCACAAAUGGAGUUUAUGAAGGCUUCGUUUUGGGUCUGUACGUUCGACCUGCCAUUGGUGUGUAUGAGUGAGGCAAUGGGGAUCCAAAUCGGAUCCUCAGUGGGACAGGUGGAGGACGUUGAAACUGAAGAAGAUGGGGUCGUCUGGGGAGAGUACCUCCGAGUCAAAAUACGUCUUGAUCUUUCAAAGCCGCUGGCAAGGGGUCGAGUCUUAAACCUCAAUGGUUCUACUACUUGGAUUUCCUUUCAAUACGAAAGACUUCCAAAAUUUUGCUUUCAGUGUGGUGUGAUCCGACAUGGGGCUGCUGGGUGCUUGAGCAGGAGAGGGAAUCCGAACCAGGGAGAACCAAAAAAGGUGCAAUUUGGGACUUGGUUAAGAGCCUCCCCAAUCUAUAAACGACCCGGUAAUGGAAGAGACAGAAAUGCCAUGGAUACUGAGUACGGGGCUCCCGGACAUGCACACUUGGAGGAAACAGGCAGUCAAACAGGGGAAGGUAGCAGACCGUGUGAUAACCGACAAGAGGAUUUGGGCCUCUCCGGGACCAAAGCUGGCUCCUCUCACACUGCGGACAGGACUGGAGGAGGACGGUGGGGUGCAGACAACACGGAGGUCCGAGGCAGGGGAAGGUACACUGAGAAGGAAAGUGCGACAGCAAAGGCGGUGAGCCCGAGCGAGAAUCAAGGGGAGGUAUUAAUGAAGGAACCGUUACAAACGAGCUAUGGCGAAAAAACAGAAAAGGAAACUUCAAAGCUGGGAGGAUUUUCUGGCGGCAACAACGGGGUAUUUAUGGGACAGCUGCUGGAUUUCUGCAAGUCAAUAUGCUGA